UCUGUUUCCGGCGUCCCAGUCGUAGGAGGAAUCGAUCUGUCCCAACAAAAGAGAGAGAGAGAGAGAGAGAUCUAUCAUCAUCGAUGGACCAUGCGGCGCCGCGGGCGAGGGAUUGGUCGUUGCUCCCCCUCGACGUUCUCUCCUCGAUCUUCAUUCGGAUUGGCGCCGUCGACGUCCUCAUGGGCGCCGGCCUGGUGUGCCGCUCGUGGCUCGAGGCGGCGAAGCUGCCAGAAGUGUGGCGGGCCGUGGACAUGGACAAGCACGAGGUCGUGUUCACGAAGUGUAACGUUGUCCUGCGCGCAAUGGCGAAGGCGGCCGUCGACCGUGCCGACGGGCAGCUUCGGUCGUUCGCCGGCAAGCUGUUUGUCACCAAUGAGCUCAUCAAGUAUAUCGUGGAAAGAUCACCCUCGCUGACUAGCCUUCGUCUCGUUUCCUGCCAUGUCCACUACCUCGCCAGUGUUAUGCAAGAGUCGCCUCCGAUGGAGCUGCGUUCCCUUGAGCUCGACGACACUUACCUCACCGUUAAAGACCUGACGUCUGUCGUCGAGAGCUGCCCUCUCCUAGAGGUUCUUCGGGUGCGCAACUGCGUUCAGGUCUAUAAGAAAGACGAGCAGGCCCUGCGAGCGAAAUUCGCUAGGAUUAAGACCCUAAAGAUUGAGCGUGAUGGCGCUACAGUUAGUAUCCAUAAUUGAGAGAAUGUGCCAAAAUAGCAUUCCCUUAAAAAUAAUCAGUCACUCAGGUGUAUAGGGCGUGGACAUGCUUCUAGGUCGGUAAUUUGAGUGCGAUGAUUUGUUUCACUACAGUCCCGACUAUUUCGAGAGCUACGAUGAUUGUGAGCACAUUCCCAUUCUUUUUAAACCAUGGCAAAAGCUUCUUGAUAUUAUUAAGAAGAGGAGA